AUGAAGGGUUUACCGACAGUCACUACGGCCCUGGGCCUAUUAUCGACGUGCACCGAAGGGCUUAUGCUGCAAAAGAGGACGGAUGGCCCACCACGAGUUGUCGGAUUCCCUGUUGAAAGAAUACCUGUCGCAGACCCGGUCCAGAGAGAUCGGCUACGGAGGAGAGGAGUUGCCCAAGUAACGUUAGACAACCAGGAAACAUUAUACUUUGCGAAUGCGACGUUAGGAACCCCACCACAGACUGUGCGGUUACAUCUUGAUACCGGAAGUAGCGAUCUCUGGGUGAACACGCCUAAGUCGAGGCUAUGUACGGCGAGAUCAAAACCUUGCCAGCUAGCGGGUUCAUACGACGCGAACUCGUCGUCAACAUAUUCAUAUGUCGCUAGCGACUUCAAUAUAUCAUAUGUUGAUGGAUCAGGCGCAACUGGGGAUUAUGUGUCAGAUACUUUCACCAUCGGCUCCUCAACUUUGAAGAGAUUACAAUUCGGCAUUGGAUAUGUGAGUUCGGCGACGUCGGGUAUCUUGGGUAUUGGCUACGCGAUCAAUGAAGUCCAGGUGGGAAGAUCUAAAAAGUCGCCCUACAACAAUCUGCCCGCACAGCUGGUUGCCGAAGGACUCAUCCAGUCCAACGCCUAUAGUCUCUGGCUGAAUGAUCUCGAUGCGAGCACCGGCAGCAUCCUUUUCGGUGGCGUGGAUACGGAACAAUUUAUGGGCGAGCUUGCAACCUUGCCCGUCCAGGCAGAGCAAGGCGAGUUUGCCGAAUUCCUGGUCACCAUGACUGCAAUCUCGUUCGGUUCAACCGUGAUCGCAGCGAAUCAAGCUCAAGCCGUACUCCUGGAUUCGGGAACCUCUCUAUCCUACCUCCCAGAUCCGAUCACAGCAGCUAUAUAUGAGAAGGUUGGCGCCCAGUAUGAUUCCUCCGACGGCGUGGCCUACGUCCCCUGCAGCCUUGCUGGGAACACUACUAAACUGAAUUUCUCGUUCUCCGGCCCCACCAUCGCAGUUCCCAUGGACGAGCUAGUCAUCACGGUUACCUCUAACAAUGGAAGGCCACUCACCUUCUCCGAUGGAACCAAAGCUUGCGUUUUCGGCAUCGCUCCGGCGGGAUCUAGCACAGCCGUGAUGGGAGAUACAUUCAUGCGCUCUGCCUACAUCGUGUAUGACCUCGCCAACAACGAGAUUUCGAUCGCGCAGACCAACUUCAACGCCACGAAGUCUAAUGUACUCGAGAUUGCGAAGGGUAGUGCUGCUGUUCCCUCCGCCACACUGGUCGCAAACCCGGUAUCCGCUUCAGCGGGCGUACAGCGUGGUCAGAUGGCCGGCACCGUCACAUUAGGCGUUGGCGCUGCAGCGACAUCGAAGGGGGGAGCCGAACGAACAGGGACCCCAAUGAAUCUUGGAGCCAUGGCAGCCGUAGGCGCCGGGAUGGUUUACGCAGCGAUGUGA